CGUGUUUAUUUCUCAUUAUUUUUGGAUAAACCCUGUUGCUCUAUUGCUCAUGAAUGUUUUCCAUUUUUCUAUGGGUUUCAAUCUUGUUUUCCAAUUUUGAAUACCAAUGAGCAAAUAAAUAACAUGCAUGUAUCUACCUAUCUAUUCUUUCCUUACUUCAUAGCCACCCAUAGUUUUCAAUUCGGAAAACCUACGAAACAAUUUGAUCAUUCUUACAGUCAUAAUAGGGUACUAUGGAAUAAUACAUGUCUAUGAAUGUCGAAUGUGACUAAUCACGAGGCUCCAAACGAUCUGAGAAACCUUUAAAGUUUCACGUGGUUAUAUAGUCAUUUUUUAGGAACAAUUAGUGCCAUGCAGAAAUUGUUUUAUGAAGUUUCCAUUUAUAUAAGUAGGUUCUUACCAAAAACAAUUAUCAAAAGGAUUUUCUUCCAUAGAAAAGUUAUACCUCAUUCAAGUUUGGGAUAUUCAGAUAAAUCUGAUGACUUGAAAAAGAAAGAUAGAAGGAUUUUCAACUCGGUGAGUUAUUUUGUUACAACGAUGAUAAUAUUGAAAUGAAUGAAAAUUACUAUAUCAAACAGGUCAUAUUUCAAAAAGCGAGCUUGAAAACUUGAGUACGACGUUUUCCGUUAGGUUCAUGGCGCUAGAAUGACCAUUCGAAGCACGCAUUUGCACCAUCCGCUAAAUUAUGCAGAGCAAAUACCUAAAAGUUUUAAUGCAUGUCUCAUAAAUUUUGAUCACUGAAUAAAGUUUUUAUAAACUGAUGCUCUCAUCAACUUCCAUAAGAGAUUGUGUAAUUUACACUUACCUAGACAAGUUUUUCCAUUUUUUUUUUUUUUUUCAAAAAGUAAGCUCAUUUUUACAUGAAUAAGCUUAACUACAUUUUAUUGCAGCUGUCAUCAUAGGACUACAUAGUUGAACCAUAUCCUCUUAAAAUUAUAAAUAUUAUAACAACGUUUAUUAAUAGUUCAUAGGGCCGCCAAGUUGGACCAAAUCUAUUAUCGUUUACGUAAAAUGUAUAAACGCUAACCGCUAAACUCAAAUCGCUCAGUAGUAGUGGGCGACCAUGGACUGGUACACAUUGCACGAGAUAAUAUACUCGCUUCAUUUCAUUUUGUUUCGGUUCCGUUUCGGACGUUAACAGAAUAGAAUCUCGGUUUAUUCGAAAAGUAAAUAUUUUCGCCGGUCGCAACGCCCUGUAUAGGACGUCAAUCGAUCGUCUGAGGGUAGUUGUUGAGGCAGAUGAACCCUAGGGAGCGUUUCCCAUGAUUCAGUUCUUCCCUCCGCUUCGAAACAGACCCUUUUUUUAACAUUGAUUUUUAGUGGUUUUCAGUGAUUUUCUGUUGUGUUUUCUAUUUUUUUGAAUUAAACUCUACAGUGUUUUGUGUCGAAUUGUUCGCUUCAAUAAUAUUGAAAAAGUUAUGUUGCUGCCUACAAAAAAUUCUACAAAUUGCCCCAUAGGAUUCCAAAACGAUUUCUAUCAUGAAGUGGUAGGGAAAACAAAAUUUUUAACAUUGAAAUGUACAGGGAAGCAAACAAACAGCAGCCGCGCAAGAAGUAAAAGUGUGGAUAGAACUAAAUUCCGGUUUUGUGCCUGUACUGGACCAAGGAAAAAUAAUAAAAAGAGCGCCAAGUGGUAUGUGAAGCAGCCCACAUGGCGACUUUGGGGCGAAGAAAAAGCAGACGGCGCCCUAUACACUGUCUACCUCAAAAAAGUACGAUACCAUCGGCCCACCAGGAGUUUGUCCUCGUCACACUCGGAUUCAGAUGACGAAAUUUCGCAUUUAGAAUGGGAAACGGUGCGGGUGCGUUUUGUAAAAGCUGGCACCCUCAAAAAAUUGGUCGAGGCUCUUUCCACGGACGAUGGAGAACUGGAAACUACUUACAUCAACGUGUUUUUGGCUACUUAUAGAAGCUUUUCCACUGCCAAAGAAGUUUUGAAGCUUUUAUUGGAGAGGUACGAGGAAUUGACUGAAACGCCACAGAAUAAUGGACGACCACCAGAAACCCAUGAACAACACAAAAAAACUCUCAUUUCUGCCCUCCACGUUUGGCUCGAUAGUUACCCCGAAGAUUUUAAAGAACCACCAAACUAUUCCGCUCUUGGCUUACUGCUCAAUUUCGCCGAAGACUUUUUACCAAAUACCGAACUCGAGGCCAAAGUACGUCACAGGAUUGACAGAUAUUCAAGAGAAGCUCACAUCGAUCCCCUCCUCACUCCACCACCUGCUUUCGCUAUGCGCUCCAUAGCUUUGUCAGGCUGGAGAAAUUUUAAGUUACCAGAUGUACCAGUUAGAUAUUUUGCUGAACAGCUUACCAGAAUGGAUGUGGAUUUAUUCAAAAAACUAGUCCCACAUCAGUGUUUGGGUGCGGUGUGGUCGCGUAGAGACCGGAGUCGUUCUCAUGAAGCUGCCACCGUAUUGGCCACAGUUAACCAAUUUAAUGCAGUUUCUUUUCGGGUUAUUUCAUCCAUAUUGGUUGAAGUGGGCCUUCGAGUGCAUGACAGAGCCUCCUUGAUUAUGUGCUGGAUAGAUAUCGCUCAAGAAUUGAGGCUUAUUAAAAAUUUCAGCAGUUUAAAGGCUAUUAUAAGUGGACUGCAAAGUAAUCCUAUUUAUAGGCUUCAGAAAACAUGGCAAACAAUCCCCAAAGAAAAAAUCGAAAUGUUCGAUGAAUUGGCGCGAAUUUUUAGCGAAGACAACAACCAGUGGACCCAAAGAGAGCUUCUAAUGAAAGAAGGCACUGCUAAAUUUGCAGAUACCGUUGGUGAAAACGAUAAGCAAUUGCAAAAGAUUUUCCAGAGGCAAAAUAACCAUACUGCCAACAUAUCUUUCGGAACUAUACCAUAUUUAGGAACGUUUUUGACAGAUCUCACUAUGAUAGACACAGCUAUACCUGAUAUUAUUGGUGACGGUUUGAUUAAUUUCGAUAAACGCCGCAAAGAGUUUGAAGUUUUGGCUCAAAUUAAACUUUUACAGGGUGCUGCAAAUGCAUAUCAUUUCAUAGAAGAUCCAGCGUUUGACCGAUGGUUCGACUCUAUACUGGUGUUGGACGACCGCGAAGCUUACCAAUUGAGCUGCCAAAUCGAACCGCCAACAAAUAACGGCCAAAAUGGUAAAAACCGAAAAAAGUCGAUGCCUGGGCAUCAGAAAAACGACUCGAUCACAAGCACUAGCAGCAGCAACAGUUCACAAUUCUACUGCGAUAUUGAUAGCAUCACCAGUUCGCCAAGGAACAGCAUCGAUAGAAAAAUGAGUCCCAGUCAAAUGUCACAUUCGAGUAGUAAUUCUUCUUUGCCCAGUUUGGAUAUCAGUUUGAAUAGUUCGCAUUCGGGGAGCGCAACAAAUCGUCUUCAAGUGCCUUUACCUAAUAAUUCGGGGACGUUGAGUAAUAAUUCACAGAAAAGUAGUCCCGAUUUUUAUAUUAUAAAAGUUACCUACGAAACAGAAAAUCCAGAAACCGAAGGUAUAGUCCUUUACAAAAGCAUAAUGCUAAGUAAUAACGAACGAACACCACAAGUCAUAAGGAACGCCAUGUAUAAACUUAGCUUGGAAGGCAAUCCGGACCAGUACACUUUAGCGCAAGUUUUACCUGAAAAAGAAAUGAUCCUCCCUCCAAACGCCAACGUUUAUUAUGCAGUCAACACCGCCCACAAUUUAAAUUUUAUCUUACGGCAAAAGAAAUUGGAAGAUGGUACCACUACUGCCGGGCGAGGCUUUAAGAAAUCAAAAUCAUAGCAAAUGCUGCGGUGGGAUUUCAUCCCAAAUAAAUAAUUAACAACUGUGAUAGAAUUUAUGUUUAUAUACUCUCUAUAAAAACGUCACAAUUUUUUUAAUAUUUAUUUUUUAAUAUUUUUUUUUACCAAUAUUAAUGUAAGCCAUGACUUAAUUAGUUAAUUAAUAUAAGUUUAUAUGCAACCCAAUUUUACAAGCAAAAUUGAACCAAUGAAGUUAGCCACUAUAUGGAUAGACCAAUCUAUUAGUAAUAUUUUAUCAAAUAUGAAAUGCAAAUCUUUUCACUCUAAAUAAGAGAAGAGAGAUGUCACUUCAUGUGUUCUUUCUAUGUCUCAAAUAUCUCGUAUAGAAAAAAGCAAUAUUUAUUAAAUGAAGCUUUAUUUUUUGUUUUUAUGGAUUACACAAAUUAACCAAAGAUUAUUUACACAAAAUAAACUAAUCUAAAUUUACAAAUAAUAAUAAAUCCACAGGGUGUCCACAUGGUACGUUGAAAACUGCCAAAAUUACUUGAGAAAUUUUACUCCCCAUUUUGUGUGUCCUAGAAUCGUAGAAAUAAUGAUUGUCCUGUAUUUUGAAUUUGUUGUAUAUUAUCAUGUAUUUGCUCCUUAGAUCUGAUCCAGUAAUUGUUGUACUUACUUUCUUUUUUUUAUUUUAUAGUAAUUAUGUAAUAAAAUGUGUAUUAUUGUAUUUUUCUAAUAAAAAAGUAAGUGAUUUCCAUUGGGUACUGCAUUCC